CCCUGGGUUCAGCAGGCCGUCAGUCGCUUCCUGUGCUUCAGUGGAGACAAACACUGCUCAGACAAAAUGCUGGUCCUUGUAUUAGGUGACCUGCACAUUCCUCACCGAUGCAACACUCUACCAGCAAAGUUUAAGAAGCUGCUGGUGCCUGGCAAGAUUCAGCACAUCCUCUGCACGGGCAACCUCUGUACAAAGGAGAGCUAUGACUACCUGAAGACACUGGCUGGAGAUGUGCACAUCGUCAGAGGUGAUUUUGAUGAGAAUCUGAAUUACCCUGAACAGAAGGUGGUUACGGUGGGCCAGUUUAAGAUUGGUCUGAUCCACGGGCACCAGGUGAUCCCAUGGGGAGACAUGGCCAGCCUCGCCCUUCUCCAGAGGCAGCUGGAUGUGGAUAUUCUCAUCUCGGGCCACACGCACAAGUUUGAGGCCUUCGAGAACGAGAACAAAUUUUACAUCAACCCCGGUUCAGCCACAGGGGCUUACAAUGCACUGGAGAGCAACAUCAUACCGUCCUUUGUUCUGAUGGAUAUCCAGGCAUCUACGGUCGUCACGUACGUUUACCAGCUCAUCGGCGAUGAUGUCAAAGUCGAGAGAAUCGAGUACAAGAAGUCAUAAAGACCAUCAAAGUAAAUUUGUUGCCUUCUUCUAAGAUGUGUUUCGUCUCAUUCCCUCCUCGACUACAGCCCGGAGUCUCUGCUUAUCGCAGAUGCUGUACAGUAACGCUCAGAAUUUUACUGAAGUGUGAACGUUGUUUUGUCAUCAGCAAUUGCUUGUAUCCCCUUUAUCAGCAGAGUGUUAAGAAUGCAAUAAUUUGCAUUAAUCUAUUAUUUCCAUAAUUUUAGUAACUAACCGCACGAUGUCUUAUAUUAAAGAUUUGUCAUAUUGACUUUUCAAUGCCACUGCUGUUAUGAGUUCCAAGGCCCUGAUUCAAAUCAUGUGAAUUAUUUCAUAUAAUAAAAAACUACACAGUGUAGCAUAUUA